GUACCCUGCUUUAGGAAAGAAAGCAUGUUCGGAUGAAAAGAAAACUAGAAUCGAUGAUGAGGAUGAUGAGAAAAAAUUACAAACAAAAAGAGUGGAUAUUCCCUUUGUUGAUAAACAGAUGGCCAGCAUAAAGAGAGAACUUGUUGAAAUCAUGAACUGUACAGAAUUGGAAUGUAUGGAAACAAAUCAUAAGAGGCACCACGAAUUCCUCUGUGACCCUAUAUCAUAUUAUGAAAAACAGAGACUUAACUUUGGUUUUGGUGAAUCCUAUUUUACAGCAAAUGUUGUUCAGCAUCUACAAAUGACUCUUAGUGAUCAUAUAUUCUGCAGCAAACUGAUGCCUGGGACAAUAUUCACAAGAUACUACACUUUUACAGUUCUUGAGAAUAAUAUACUUGAGAAACUGUUGAGAGAAAAUCCAAUUUGUGGCAUGUAUUACCUAACUCAUGUCCUGAUGAAAGAGGCUAUAGUCUUUGGUGUGUGCUUGCGAACUGGCUUGCCAAUGGAAGAGGCAGAGAAAAGAUGUAAAGAAACAGAAACUUCUAUGAAAAAGGCCAAAAGAAAAGAUUAA